AUGGCCUUGUCGCCGUUCGCCUCUCGGUCGCCUUCGGUGACAGUCGCAUCGCCCAACUCGGCGUUGCGGUUGAAAGCUGCGGCAGCCGCCUCUCAGCAUCAUUCAUCGGCGCCGGCGAUUGCUCGAUCCGAUCCCAAUCCCGAGCGAGAGCUAGCGGAACAGCUGAACGAUGAUAUUCGGCGGAAAUACGUCAAAGGAAAAAAGUUGGGUGAAGGAACAUACGCCAUCGUUUACCUCGGACACUAUCGGGACGACCCAUCCUCGCUUGUCGCCAUUAAAAAGAUUAAAGUCAACGCAGAAUACAAAGAUGGGCUCACGAUGGACGCGAUUCGCGAAGUCAAAUACCUGCAAGAACUGUCACACCGAAACAUCAUCGCUCUACAUGAUGUUUUCUCAUCAAAGGACCAAAAUCUGAACCUGGUACUGGAAUUCUUGCCUGGUGGGGACCUGGAAAUGUUGAUCAAGGAUGGAGAUAUUCACUACGGUGCGGCCGAUAUCAAAGCCUGGAUGGGCAUGUUGGCUCGUGGUGUCUGGUUCUGUCACGAAAACUUUGUGCUUCACCGAGAUAUCAAGCCCAACAACUUACUGAUCGGUGCCGACGGCGAGGUCAAGUUGGCCGAUUUUGGUCUCGCCCGAUCCUUUGCCGAUCCCUACCUCAACAUGACCCAUCAAGUCAUCACUCGCUGGUACCGACCCCCCGAGCUGCUCUUUGGUGCCAAGCAAUACUCGGGUGCGGUGGACGUCUGGUCGAUGGGCAUGGUCUUUGCAGAGCUGCUGUUGCGCGUCCCUCUGUUGGCAGGCAUGUCGGACUUGGAUCAGAUAAGCAAGAUCUGCGAGGCCUUUGGUACGCCUACGGAGGAAAAUUGGCCGGGGGUCACGCAACUGGCCAACUAUGUGACCGAUAAGGUGGUGCCGUUGCAAGGAAGGGAUUUCUUUGUGCGGCAGUUCCCCACGGCUGGUCCGGUGGGAGCUGAUCUGCUCAUGUCGAUGUGUGUGUUGGAUCCGCGGAAGCGCGCUACGGCGCUGCAGGUGCUGCAGCAUCGAUGGUGGACAUCGGAGCCUCGACCGACCAACAAUGAAGAUCUUCCCCGAAAGUCGGGGACGAAGAAGAUGGGCGAUGACUUGGCCCGCGUUGGGGGGGAAACCGACGAUGGGAUGUUCAAGAACGCCGCUCGACAGUUGGAUUUUGGCGGCAGGAAGUAA